UGCGGCGGUGCCGGGCGCGGAGAGACAAGAUGGUGAAGGAGACCCAGUACUAUGACAUCCUGGGGGUGAAGCCCAGCGCCUCCCCGGAGGAGAUCAAGAAGGCCUAUCGGAAGCUGGCGCUGAAGUACCACCCGGACAAGAACCCGGAUGAGGGCGAGAAGUUUAAGCUCAUAUCCCAGGCAUAUGAAGUACUUUCAGAUCCAAAGAAAAGGGACAUUUAUGACCAGGGUGGCGAGCAGGCGAUUAAGGAAGGAGGCUCAGGCAGCCCCAGCUUCUCUUCCCCCAUGGACAUCUUCGACAUGUUCUUUGGUGGCGGAGGACGGAUGGCUAGAGAGAGAAGAGGCAAGAAUGUUGUACAUCAGUUGUCUGUAACUCUUGAAGAUUUAUAUAAUGGAGUCACAAAGAAAUUGGCUCUCCAGAAAAAUGUAAUUUGUGAGAAAUGUGAAGGCGUUGGCGGGAAGAAGGGAUCUGUGGAGAAGUGCCCUGUGUGCAAGGGGCGAGGGAUGCAGAUUCACAUCCAGCAGAUAGGGCCAGGCAUGGUGCAGCAGAUCCAGACUGUGUGCAUCGAGUGCAAGGGCCAGGGCGAGCGCAUCAACCCCAAGGACCGCUGCGAAAACUGCAGUGGUGCCAAGGUCAUCCGGGAGAAGAAGAUCAUUGAGGUGCACGUGGAGAAAGGUAUGAAAGAUGGGCAAAAGAUACUGUUUCAUGGAGAAGGAGAUCAGGAGCCUGAGCUGGAGCCUGGUGAUGUCAUAAUUGUGCUUGAUCAGAAGGAUCAUAGUGUCUUUCAGAGACGAGGCCAUGACUUGAUCAUGAAAAUGAAAAUUCAGCUUUGUGAAGCCCUGUGUGGCUUCAAGAAGACGAUAAAAACACUGGAUGAUCGAGUCCUUGUUAUUACAUCCAAAUCAGGUGAGGUGAUAAAGCACGGGGACCUGAAAUGUGUGCGUAAUGAAGGAAUGCCCAUCUACAAAGCACCCCUGGAGAAAGGGACUCUGAUCAUACAGUUUUUAGUUAUUUUUCCUGAAAAACACUGGCUUCCUCAAGACAAGCUUCCCCAGCUGGAAGCUCUGCUCCCUCCUCGACAGAAAGUCAGGAUAACGGACGACAUGGAUCAGGUGGAGCUGAAGGAGUUUAAUCCCAAUGAGCAGAACUGGCGCCAGCACAGGGAGGCCUACGAGGAGGACGAUGACGGGCCCCGGGCCGGCGUGCAGUGCCAGACGGCAUGAGGGGGCCCCGGAGCAGCAUGGCCCAGCUGGACUAGCACUGAUGAAUGUAAAGUUGGCACAAUGAAAAUGGCAUCGCUUUAAUGGCCUCGUGUUUGGGGUGUCCUGUGUAUGUGUUCAGCAUUCUCAACUGCUGAGUGUCUUUUUGGUUUUUCUUUUGUUUUUCUUUUGGUUGUAACUUAAGUUAUAGCUUAAUUUAUAUUUAAAUGUUUUAAGUGUAAAUCACUUCUAGUCUGCAUAUGGAAUCUGUUCAUUUACAUUUUCAGGAAACUUCUGAGAUACCAGUGACCGCACUGACACUUUGUGCUUCUAGUGGCUUUGCCAUAAUUCAUUUCUACCAAUAAAGCACAGCCCAGUGAACAGCACUUAGCUCCCUAGCAAACCUCCAGGCAUGAAGUGGGCGAACUGGCUCAUCUCUUGCUCCGUGCCUCUUUGCCUCCCCCUGCCCCCCAUGGCAAAAUUAUGAGGGUAUGAUCUCAGGGCUGCUAAUGUGGCAUUUCCAAAUCUAGAUGAUUCUCCUCAAGAAUAAAAGCACAUCUGUGGAUUGGACUUGGCUGCAGGGCCAACUUGGUUCCUCCUGUUCUGUGCCCGUGAAUGUUUGGAAUAGGGUGUGAGUGUGUCUGAUCAUCUCUCUUGGAAGCUUCCUGAACCUUCCAAGCCUUGUGGUGAGGACAAACCAGUGUUUUAAAUGAAACGCUGAUAAAAUGUUUGUGUGCGACCCCUGCACUGUUUGUUGUUUUAUCUUCUGUUGACAGCCUUUGCAGUGCUCUCCCACCAAAGUGCUUACUUGUAAAGAAAACGAAACCAUCCGUGUCCCCAGCAGCCUCAGUGCAGCAACAGAAGCCUUGGGAGAAUGCUGGUGGUUCGGCCCCAUGGCACAGCCAGCUUCCCUGUCUGACCACUGAUCCUGGAUGACUUGAGGGUCUGGAAAGGCAGAGAACAUCUCAGUGUUUCCCACCUCAUUCUCCCAGAUUCAACUCCCUUCCAAAGGAUGGUUCCUUUCCUUGCACAGCCAUAUCACAAAGGGCUUCCUGCUCAAGGGAUAAUGUUUUAUUUAGUGAGAACUAAAGCUCUACUCUGGACUGCAGUCUCUAUAGACUGCCAUGUAAAUGAUAGCUUGUUUGAAGGGACACGAGUCAUUAAUUUUCUGGCAGGUAGACUACAGUUUAAAUUUAGGGCUACCUCAACCUUUAGCCACUACUCCUUUCCUUCCCGCAAUACUCACAAAGAAAAAUUGCUGCCUUCUAAGCUGCUGGGUUAAAGCAGAGGCCACUUUUCAGAUACACCCUUACUUGGUUAUACAGUACCUGAGAGUUUGACUGAGGCCAGGGACCUCCCCAGGAGGGCCAAAGGGCAGAUCAGACCCAUGGCAGGUAGGUCCAGAGGAUGGACCAGUCUCCAGCAGAAGAUUGCUGACUAGUGGGUGGGCACAAUUUGCGCAAAUAAGGUAUAAAAAAGCCUACCUGUCCCACUUUGACCAAUAGUCAGGAAAGACAUAAAACCUAUUCUUUCAAAUAAGCCUAUAUGAAAAUCAAUUUACAAAUGGACCACAACUCCAGGGUGUUUUGUUUCUGUGCUGUGACUUCCUAAUAAAUUACUGCUAGAAAAUUACUGUCUAGUUGAUGAUGGGGCAAAAUUACAUUCAGCUCCUUGUCAUGUAAUAGAAUUUGGAGGGUGUUGCUUGAAAUUUAUGCCACCUGUACAUUUGUCAGCUUAAAAUUAAAAUCAAGCUGGUAUGAGAGACA